CAUCACUGUAAGUCCUCUCCUCAGAGACAUACACUCAACAACCAUGAGAUUCCAGUCCAUCUUAACAGUGCUGGCCCUGAUGGUGGGCGUCUCCUAUGCCGGUAUAAUCUAUAAUAGAUAUGGAGGACUAGGCGGCGGACUUGGUGGUGUUGGCUUAGGUGGACUGGGCGGUGGAUUUGGCCACGGUUUUGGAGGUAUUGGCCACGGUAUUGGUCACGGUUUGGGUGGAUUUGGUCGCGGUGCUGUAGGAUUUGGUCACGGUAUUGGUGGAUUUGGCGGCGGCCUUGGUGGAUUCGGUGGCGGCCUUGGCGGAUUCGGUGGCGGUCUCGGCGGAUUCGGUGGCGGCCUUGGUGGCAUUGGCGGCCUUGGCGGAUAUGGCAGGAGAUAUGGCUACUACGGACGAUAAUGCUGACGAGAGCUGCAGCUGACAGAAUUAGAUGUGAUCAUGUCACAUCAACAAUCUUGUCAAUAAAUAUAUUAGUAAA